AGAAAAUACUCAACUUUAUAAAAUCUUAUUUCUGCGGCGGCCACCGCCUACCACCUUAUUUCCAGCUCCACCGCCAUGCCCCUCGGCCCUCCUUAUCGACUGUCAAUCCUCCCAUCAGUCUCAUCACAUAAGUCGUAACUGAGCGCGAAACCGGUUCUCCCUCUUAUUAAAUUUCGACUGUUUGUCACUACCAACAAACUACCAAUUCAAACAUUUCAAACUUGUGGGCAUUUCACUGUUUGAUGCUUCAUAAAUCCUCCAAUUAAUGGCAAUUUCAAGACUAUCAAUUCUUUUUUGGUGGAGAAAAUUAAGCAAGAAAGAUCUAAUCACUGCUGCUGUUGGCCUAGCACUCAUCGUUUUCUCCUACUCUUUUCUUUUCAAUCAUUCCCCUGAUAACAAUACUCCUGACUUCACUCUUAACCCCCAUUCAGAUUAUGUACCUUUGACUCUCCUUAGCAAUGCUAAACAUAGAGGGGCAUUUUGCUUGGAUGGGAGUUUGCCAGGAUACCAUUUUCGUCAGGGUUUUGGAUCGGGAUCUAACAACUGGGUUCUUCACAUUGAGGGUGGAGGUUGGUGUGAUUCUGUUGCAACUUGUGCACUACGGAAAACAACACCAUUAGGUUCCUCAAACCACAUGGAGCAAGUUCAAUUUUCUGGAAUUCUGAGUCAUAAUCCAGCACAAAAUCCUGACUUCUUCAACUGGAACAAAGUAAAAAUACGUUACUGUGACGGUUCUUCUUUGACGGGGCAUUCUGAAAGUGAAUUUUAUAAUGGAACACAUCUUUUAUUCAGAGGUCAACUCAUCUGGGAAGCUUUGAUGGAUGAACUUCUAGCCAAGGGAAUGUCCGAUGCAAGACAGGCUCUUCUUUCAGGAUGCUCUGCGGGCGGGCUUGCUACUAUGAUUCAUUGUGAUGACUUUCGGGCCAAGUUGUCAAAUAGUGCGAUUGUGAAGUGUUUGGCUGAUGCUAGCUUUUUUCUUGAUGAGGAGGAUAUCAAUGGAAUGCGCACUUUGCAAUUGUUCUACAAAAAUGUUGUUAAUCUUCACGGAGCAUCCAAAUCUUUGCCGAAAGAUUGUGUUGACAAAAUGGAUCCAUCCUUGUGCUUUUUCCCUCGACAAAUCAUUCAAAGCAUUAAGACCCCAAUAUUCCUUGUCAACCCAGCAUAUGAUUUUUGGCAGAUACAACAUGUCUUUGUACCUACUGCAUCAGAUGUCUCUGGUGAAUGGCAAAGAUGCCGACUGAACAUUCAGAAAUGUAAUUCUCAUCAAAUGGAUAUAUUACAAGGUUUCCGGAACUCCUUGCUAAAUGCAAUUCAUGAAUUUGACAUGAGCAAGGAAAGGGGAAUGUUCAUAAAUUCUUGCUUUAUCCAUUGUCAAACUUGGAUGGAAACGUGGCACGGGCUCAAUUCUCCAAAAGUGAACAAUAAGACAAUUGCCGAGGCUGUAGGUGAUUGGUACUUCAACAAAGGACCAGCAAAGCUGGUGGAUUGCCCAUUUCCUUGUAAUCCCUCGUGUCUGAACAUGGAUUUCUUGCGAGCUUGAUAGAAUGUUCGAUGCAUCCACCACAGACGAUGGACUAAAUCAAGGUCGAUGGUCUGCCAUAUUUAUUUCGCAGGUUAAUUCUUUUAUCUCCCUUGUGGUUGCAGACGGACUGUCGACUGGUUUCAUUUGGCAACACGCAUUUCAAUAUGAUAUGCAUUGUCCUAGUGUGUAGAUUUAGAUGAAAGAGCUUAGAAAUUUAUACUUGUGAAAAUGGAUUGAUUGUUGUGUUCUUACAUUACUUGAUCAAAAGUUUUUUACCAACAAUUGCUUAAUUAUCAAUAAGAUUUAAGAGCCCAA